GACCAGACCAAAGUAGGACAACAAAGACAUAGAAACUCGCAGGAUUAUCGUUGACUUCGGCCGAAAGCGAAGUGAAACCCAGCCGUCGUCCCGCCAAGCUCCGACCGACCAUGGGGUCGCCCUCCAAUCUCCUGGUGAACGCCGUGCUAGUCCUCGCGGCCUCGUCGUGGCUGGCGGCUGUUCAAUCGGGCGACACGAACGGCGUGUACUCGCCGUGCUCCGACACCACCGUACAGAGAUCGGACGGGUUCAGCUUCGCUAUAGCGUUCGCUCCGAGGACCUCCUUCUUCUACAACAGCACCCACCAGCUCUCGCCCUGUGACAACAGGCUCUCUCUCUCCUCCUCGAGUUCUCCGAUCGCCGUUUUCCGGCCCAAGGUCGACGAGAUCUCCCUCCUCACCAUCAACACCUCCUCCUUCUCUCCGGACAAUAGUGGUGGAUACAUGGUUGCAUUUGCUGGUCGAAAAUAUGCUGCAAGGUCUCUCCCUGCUUUUGUUGCCAACAGCACGUACACCGUAACCAGCUUUACUCUUGUGCUUGAGUUUAAGAAGGGAAGGCUGCAAAACCUGUACUGGAAAAGAGAUGGGUGUUCUUCAUGUUCAGGGAACUCAAACUUUGUCUGCCUUAAUAAUCAAGACUGUGCACUCAAAACAUCAGACUGUAAAAGCCAUGGAGGCUCUGUAGAUUGCAGCCUUGGUAUUCAACUGGCAUUUUCAGGGACAGAUAAGCACUUCUCAGUACUCAAUUCUUGGUAUGAAGUUGAAAAACUUCGUCAAUACUCUCUCUAUGGACUUUAUUCAAAUCUAAAAGAUUCUCUAACUAGUCAGUAUAACAAAAUAUUCUAAAUGUGCUCAACUUUCUUUUGAUCCUCUCGUGCUUGACGCGAUCUUGUUGUACAUUUAUGUUCAUAACUAGCUCCCUAUUUCUGUUGGAAUUCUUGCACUGAAGUAUGAUGUUGUAGUUCUUUGUCGCCACUUAUUUUUUUUGUCCUCCUGCUACUGUGAGGACUUGUUGACAACUUAUGUAUGCUGCUUAAUGAGUUGAAGUUGUUUGGACCAUGUUCAUAAUGGUAUUGGCUAUUUUUGGG